AUUGGCGUUAGUGCGCGGAAGAUUAAAUACGAAAAAAAAGCCGGCAUAGACGUUCUAAGCUUAAUUUUGAUACAUAGCAUCCAAUAGCAAACUGUCAAACUGAAAAUACGAAAGAACGACGAGAAAAUUCUAUUUCAUUCACUCACAAUCAUUAAAGGCUGAAGGCUCAUGAAGUUAUGAAUGCGAGAAAGACGGACUUAUCGCUGUCUCGCUCGCUUCGCUCGGUGGGGGAAAAUGGAGAUGCUGAUUCAGCUGAUUGUUGAAUUGCUCUGCUCUGGGUGGUCAAAUGUGCAUCACUAGUUGUUCUUCUAUAUUCAUUUUACGAGAAGCAGGAGCCAUAAUAUAGAAGAAGAAUCAUGGAUGGUGGUCAAUCAAAAGAUACGGAUCCGCAGUUUAUAUCCUUCCACGAUUUCCCAUCGAUGAGUCAUGCUGAAAACUCGGAGGGACAGCUGGGCACCGGGGCUUCUACUCAUCAGCCCUUUAAUAACCUUUCAAAUGAUUCGAUGGGUAUCGGCAUGAUAGAAGAUUUACAAGGAAUGCCUACUAAAAUCGAAGAUACUGCUCAGAACAACUUCUGGACAAUUGAGUAUUACCAAAAAUUCUUUAAUGUUAACACAAACGAGAUCUUGGAGAAGCUCAUGCAUUCCAUGAUACCACAUGGUAACGACAAUUAUUUUAUAACGCACAUAAAGCCAAAUCCAGAUUUAUAUGGGCCUUUCUGGAUAAGCGUGACUCUGGUAUUUGCUAUCGCGAUUAGCGAAAACGUAGUAAACUAUUUGCAGACUGCUAAUUCUAGCAAGUAUCACUGGAGAUAUGAUUUUCAUAUUGUAACGUACGCAGCUACUAUUAUAUUUCUCUAUGUGUUGCUUGCACCAUUAUUCCUAUGGGGUGCAUUAAAGUGGCUCAACAAAUAUCAUACAUCAGAAGAGGAAUUGAUUCAGUCUUAUCCCGUCCCAGGACUCUUAGACCUUUUGUGUCUGUAUGGAUAUUCCUUAAGCAUUUUUGUACCAGUAGCAUUCCUGUGGAUAAUUCAAAUUGGCUGGUUACAAUGGAGUCUAGUCAUACCGGUGACGGUUUUAUCUGGAGGAGUUUUACUACGAUCAUUAUUACCAGCAUUUGAAAGAGGUAAAUGGAGGAUUCUAUAUGGUGCUACAAUUCUGGUUAUGCAUCUACUGUUGGCAAUGGAACUUAUGUUGCAGUUCUACUACGCGUCAUCUAAAAGUACUACUUCAGUCAAUAUGACUGAAUUGAUAGCAUCUUCUACACAUAUCAAUGUGUUGCAUAAAGUAAUACAAAAUAAUAGUUCCGUCGUACCGCCAACGACAAUUUGAAAUGACUAAAUGCAGAUCUAAGAAUUAUUUUCGACACUAUCAAGAAAAUUUGUUUAUUCAUGU